AUGAAUCGUCGAGCAUUGGCUCGUAAAGCUGCAGGCGUAAAGACUCUCUUUCCCAUUAAUUCUCAUUCCGAUGAAACGGGUAUUGACAAUGUAUCGAAUAAGCUCAACCAACAGCUAGAAGAAGGUGAUUAUUAUGGUGCUCUACAAAUGUACAAGACUUUAUUCAUGCGUUUUCUGAAAGGAGAGAAGCCAAAUAUCACCCAACAGGAAAAAGCAAUAAAUUUGGCCUUUAAUGCAACAAUUGACUUUGUUAAAAAUGAGGAAAAUAAAGCAGCUAUUGAAAUGGCCAACCUCAUGAUAUCGGUAUUUACCGAUUAUCAUCAUCCAGUUGAUGAACAACAUAAACAACGUAUUCGCGAUAUCGUGUCGGCUUUUACGCUAAAACCAAAAUUUAGUACCGAUCUGGCAAGUUUUCUCAAGAAUGCAGUCAAAUGGUCUGCAAUUGAAGGUGCUCGUAAACGUGGAGAUCCAGAGCUACAAUUAUUAUUAGCACGAGCUUAUCAAACCGCUGAGGAGUUUUCAAAUGCUAUGAAACACUUUUUACAUGCUGAAAACCCACAAGAAUUGGCUGAAAUGUUGUUUCAGUGGUCAACGUUGGGAUAUCCCAGUGAAUCGGACUUGUACCUUACUCGUGCUGUAUUGCAACUGCUCAGUCUGGAAAAUCUUCGUGAUGCCAAUAAGGUUUACGAUUCAUAUGUGACCAAGUGUAAAAGUGCUGGACGUCCGAUUGACUUGCCACUGUUCAACUUUACACGUUUCAUACUGUUGACGUUGGAGCGUGAUGCACUGCCUCUUUUUCAGAUGCUCGAGGAACGGUACGCACCAGCACUAGCUCGUGAUGCUAGUCUCAAGAGCUAUCUAAGCAUCAUCGGUCAGAAGUUUUAUGGACUUCAGCCUCCGCGAUCGGGACUUAGCUCACUGCUUGACAUGUUUUCGGGUGGCAUGCAGUAA